CUCAUGGACUUCUGCUGCUCUCAGAAACUGCAAGCCUUGAGAUGUCCAGCACGCCAUGUGGCCGCCAUAAACUGCCAUAUAAACCUACAAGACAAUCUUGACUUGUCUACGCUCUUCUCACUGAUACAAUCAUGCCAGGCGUUCCGUCCAUGUCGAAGCUCGACAAGCCCGAAGACUACAAGGAGCUCCUGAAGCAGGACAGGGGUGAUGACUGCCUCGCCUGCCGAGUCAUAGGAGGUGGCGCCUUCAUCGGGCUCGCAGCGUACAGCUACGUCUCGGGCCACGCCGAGCUUGAGCGCAACAAGGCACUUAUACUCAAGAAGAGCCCCAUGAUUGGCAUGCGCGGACGCAAGGCUGGCAUCACGGGGAUCGCCCUGGGUCUGGUAUACUUGGGCGUGUGGAGGCUGUUCAAGUAGUUGACGGUGUCCGGGCGGCCACCAACCAAUAUCACGAGACACUACGUGAAAGGAAAGCAGAGAGCUUCAAGACAAGUCAUCAGAUGUGCGAACCCAGCGAACGUUAUUUAUCCGCCAUUCCAACCCAAAAAAAUACUCUUUGAAAGUCCCCUCGUCGCUUGUUUAAAGCCAGAGGCCAUUUCCUAACGUUGACCUGAACUAGUAUGCAUCUUGCGCUGGCACGCUAUGUUCGUCAGCGACGGGUUGCCAUUCCUCCUUGGAUUUUCCCCCUUCCGCUAGGUCGAGGUCUCUUCAGCUUCAACUUCUUCUCAGUCAUGUGGGGCCGUUGCAAUAUCUGGCGCGCCCGACCGAGGCCCUGGUCCAGGUGCACGCAUCGCCCUCCAGGCCCUGGGCAUGCAGCACGCCCGAAGACGUGGCAGGCCUUAUAACCUGCCGCCCAGGUCAUGGUAGACAUCGAACCGGAGACGCCAAGUUGGUGUAGUGGUUAUGAGGAUGGGUCGAGUCGACACCGGGACCCUACCUGUACUCCGCUGCAAUAGCCGCUUGGGUUGAUGGUUCGAUCCCCGGUAUGGGAUCGAAGAAAACUUCUCAAGUGGGAUGUUUCGUAGCUGUCGCCCCGAAGCGGCAGCAAGCUUUUUGCUUUUAUUAUUUUGUAUUUUGGUAUUGCCUUUUUUUUAUGAAUAUAUAUUUGUCUGUUUACCUUCAUCCCCGCGGGUUUUACGAAGUGCACCUUCCCGGGAUAGUUAGGUUGAGCAGUGUGUGGCAGUUUGGAUUUUUAAGCAACGAAUAAGCAAACAAAUGCGCUGCAAGCAACCGCUUGAGCGCAAGUCCUCGAAUAUUAGGAACAAACUCGAUAAUUGCGCAGGUGUUGCUUGGUCGGGGUGUU